UAACAUCUUAUAUUCUAGCUAUCUGUCCCUCCCAACUAAUGUGCGACAACUCCUAACGAUAGGUUUUGAUCUUUAUCUGACAUCUUAAAUUUUAGAUGAGCUGCUAUUACUUAACACUUUAUAGGCCAUGGUCAGCCUUCCUGCACAAGGUAAAUAGAUGGAAUUUGUCUACACUUCUAAAUCUUACGAGCUUUCCUAUUUUAACAGAUCACAGUUUACAAUAAGCGCAAACUUGUGCUUCAGUCCUUGAACAAUACAAGCAAUGUAAUAGAACAGUUGAAUAAACUUGUUUCCGUGAAUCUAUCAUUUUUGGUUGCUCUCGUGUGGUGCCUUCUAAUGGGAUUAGGAACAACCAAAUUUCUACUGUUCAUCUCAUCCCAUCUGUUGCUGUUGGUACUUUUCUUUGGCGAUUAUUGCCAAAUGAUUUGUGAAGGAAUUUUACUUGCGAUUGUGAUGCACCCUUUUGACAUAGGUGAUCAUUGUAUCAUUGAAAAUGAACAGUUGAUGGUUGAAGACAUGGGACUUAUUAAUACAGUUUUCAUCAAAGACAACAAUGAGAAAGUGAAUUGUCUGAAUUCUGUGUUACUCACCAAAUCCAUCAUCAAUUUAAACCGGAGCUCUAAGUUGAAAGACACCUUUGAGCUUCUUGUCAGUAGCACGACUACCUCUGAGACCAUUGCAACUCUCAAGCUUAAAAUAGCAAAGUUACUUGGAAGCAAGCCAGAAAGUUGGUGUGAUGAGCACAGUUUCGACCUUAAAGGGACAGACAAUGUCACACAUAAAUAUAAUCUUCAGAUCAGUUAUGCCACACAUUUUCAGAACUACGAGGAGAUGAAUUACCGAAGAUCUGAGCUUGUUCUUAAACUGAGAAAGCUUUUAGAAGAGCUUGAUAUAAAGAAUUUCACCAUACAAUAGGUAUUUUGGGCAGCUGAAAACACAUUAAAAUAUCUAUUAGACUCCAAAAAUUUUACAUGAAUUGUUUCAAUGUAUCCUAAGGAAUUCUAAAUUU